AUGUCCACAUCACUCGCACGUACACUUAGAAACAUCAAACUAUCAGGAUGGAAAAGAUACGCCAAACAAAUGAAUUCUAUUGGUGAUGCUAAAGCAGGAACAUUAGUUGGUAUUGAUGAUCAUGGUAAUCAUUUUUAUGAAACUCAUUUAGAUAAAGAAAUUCAUUUACGUACAAGAUGGGUUGAAUAUGCUGAAACUAAUCAGAGAUGGGAUGUAUCCCAAGUUGAACCUGGCUGGCAUUAUUGGUUAGCUUAUGGUUCUGAUACUCCACCAAAUAAAUUACAAGGUGAAGAGAAAACUGAAAGAGCUUAUCCUGUUCCAAAAGUUCAUGCUCAAAAUUAUACUGGUACUACAGGAGCUUAUGUUCCUUAUAACACUGCAAAACCUAAAUUUCAACCAUGGGAAACUAAAGUUUCAGAAAGAACAGGUUGA